GCGGUAAUGGUGUGGAUACACGGCGGUGGUUUCUUUUAUGGUUCCGGUGAUGAACUCAUCUACGGUCCCGAUUACAUUGUACCGAAAGAUGUAGUUUUGGUUACCUUGAAUUAUAGACUAGGUGUUCUAGGUUUCCUAAAUCUCUACGACAAAGUGGCGACUGGUAAUCAAGGUCUGAAAGAUGUGAUCAUGGCGUUACGAUGGGUCCAGAAAAAUAUAUCACAAUUCGGAGGAGACCCAGAAAAUGUCACU